AUGUUGUUCGAAUUCUUCACACGGUGCAUUAUCCCACUCUAUCCAAAGAGUGCCGACAACAAACAAAACCGAGUGCUUGUUAAGAUUGACUCCGGCCCAGGCCGUAGAGACCCAGAGACUCUGUUGAGGCUCCGGUCGACUGGCUUUCACCUUUAUCCCGGAAUGCCGAAUGGUACAUCAACUGGACAAGAGCUUGAUCAGAUGUUCAGCUAUUUGAAAAAACUGAUCUAUGAGAAUCGCUCUCGACUCUGGGGUGCUAGAUUUCGGCUCGAAGGUGAAACAGCAGCACUGUCGAUGGCAGAUGUAGGCAGUAUUGUUUUUGGUGGUGUUGUGACCUUGACAGAUGGCUCCACGAUUGAGCUGGUCGAUGCUUUUGCCGAGGCGAUGGAUGCAACACACGUCCACAAAGCCAUGGAUAAAUGUGGCUACUGCCCCAGCACUCGAGUUGCCCUGAAGUCUUCUCAAAUUCGGCAUGAAAUCGUUGAAACAGAGGAUGGCGACAUUGACGAAGAAGCGGAUCCAUAUGGCGCCCUUCUUGAGGAGCUUGAACGGAAGAACAGGGACGCUUGUGAAGCUCUAUUGCUUGAUGGAUAUGAUCUUGCUGACAAUCUACGUCGCACUGUUGCCAGAGUGACAAUGAACCAGGUUCGAGGAAGAGCUUCAGUAGUGACAGAACCAAACACAAGAGAGAGGCAAGAUGCCAUCAUGAAGGUUGCCACUGCCGGCGGAUGGUUUCAUGUAACCAACGGUGGAGCGCCAAUGACGUGCGAUGAUGCAUUGAUUGCAUUCACUCGGAAAAAUCAAGAGAAGCUUGCAAAAGAGCUAGAGAAGAAGAAAGAGCAAUGCGAUGCGCACCGAGAGCUUGCAGCUGCCGCGGCUCACGUAAUGUCGAGCAAGACAGAUUACAAGUCAUGGCUGAAGUCAGACUUGCAACUCGUAAUUCAAUGGAAGCAAGGGUCCAAUCCAACCGAACCAAACAACGAAAAGACGACGGUAAACAAACCUAUUCUCCUUGGUCUUUGGAAGAAUAAAUAUAAGGAUAUGCCGGCACCAACAGCCGAGGAGUGGACUGAUGCUGAUGACGAGAAGCUUGCCUCUUUGUACGCAGGAGAGAUUGUGGACUUUGAUCAAGACGUUGGGCUAAACCGUUGUUUUGAUACAGAAGACGAGUGUGUCGCUUUGCGGAUCCUCUCUUUCAACAAACAGCGCCGAAAGAAGGUGUUGCUCCGAAUUAUCCAAGAGCUUGAUGACGCUGAGUGGGAGGAUAUCGACGAUGAGUUGUCUUAA